AUGCUUGAUAAUGCCUUGUCUUAUGCAGCUUUAGGUACAAUAAUUGCCAUUACUAACAUAAUAAUUAUGAUAGUAAAAUAUUUAUUUAUAUAUAGAUUUAAUUAUCACCAUUAGUUCAAACUUCUAUAUAGGUACUUUUCUUUGCAAAAAAUGAAAACUUCUCAAGUAUAAGACAAAGACUCUCAGAAUUCAAUAGUGAUAUAUAUAUUUGGAACCAUGGAGCAGUAUAUAAUGCAAUAAUUAUUGGAUCAGGAUCAAAUAAAAGAGAAACUAGAUAAAAGAUUAAGGAAAUAGUCAAUGAAAAAUUACAAAAUUGUUUUGUGAAUAUGGCUUGA